UUGAAAAGAUAGGCCUUCUCUUUUCUUGAGAAAGGAAAAAUGGCUUCCUCGGCUUCAAACCCAAGAACCUCUUACCAUGCCCGCUCUAACAGCUUGCCUUCUACACCGCACCCUCUCAUUUCACUAGUCAAUGAACAUUUAUGCAGAUUGAGGGCUUCUGAAGCUGCCACUUCAUCAUCAUCGGUAAGCCGCAACAUAUUCGGUCUUCAAGAUUUGCAUGAUUGUGUGGAUAAGCUGCUUCUGUUGCCUCACACUCAACAAUCUUUAGCCCAACAGCAGCAUGAGAACACACUCAACCAGCUGUCCGAUGGCUCUCUUCAGCUCUUGGGUUUGUGCAAUACUGCUAAGGAUGCCCUGCUGCAAACAAAGGAAUGCAUACAAGAACUUCAAUCAAUUAUGCGAAGAAGACGGGGAUGUGAACUUGCUUUUGCAAGUGAGGUUAGGAAAUACUUGACCUCCAGGAAAGUGAUGAUGAAGGCAGUAAGCACAGCCUUGAAGAACUUGAAGGGUAUGAAAAAUAAAAGCACUUUCUGCCCACCCAACACAGAAAAUGAGACUACAGCCUUGUUUAGCAUCUUGAGAGAGGUGGAAACAUUCACUGUCGCUGUGUUUGAAUCUUUGUUGUCCUUCAUCUCUGAACUGAAGACACAAUCAAAGCCAAGUGGAUGGUCUCUGGUUUCCAAGCUAAUCCACAGCAAAAGAGUAGCUUGUGAGGAAGAAGAAACACAUUCAAACGAAUUCGCCAAGGUUGAUGCAGCAAUGCAGCAUUAAAAGGAAAAUAUGAUGAUAAGCAUGUUGAGAAUGUGGAAAAUCAGCUUGAAAAAAUGGAGAUGUGCAUACAAGAUUUUGAACAUGGACUUGACUGCUUCUAUAGGCGUUUGAUUAAAACCAGAGUUUCUCUUCUCAACAUCCUGAACUAGCUUGUAGAGACUAGCUACCUCUCCAUACUUGUACAUGAA